CUCUGACCAACACCUUCAGUCGCUUAUAUCCCUAUUUUGGUCUGAUCCUUUGUGGACUUGGGCCUCUUCACUCUCGCUUGACCUGUGAUAGCUAUACCUAAUAGUUCAUAUCACCAAGUCGUGCUCUCGUUUCUUUGCUCGGCUUGACCUCGUUCGCUUUUUUUUUGGACCGACGACACUACCCUCGGAUCUACCGUUAUAUAUAUAUACAUAUAAAGACACAAGGAGGAAUAAUCAUAAUUCACUGGGCCACAGACACGCAAAAUGCCUUCUUCGUCCACCCUCCUUACUCUGGCCACGGCCGUUUCGGCGGUCAACGCUGCCUACCAGGGCUUCAACUACGGCUCGACUUUUACCAGCGGUCAAGCCAAGGCUCAGACCGACUUCGAGGCCGAGUUCAAGACGGCUGCCGGCCUGGAUGGCACCAAUGGCGCCUUCACCAGUGCCCGUCUCUAUACCAUGAUCCAGAGCGGCACCCCCAACUCACCCAUCAGUGCCAUUCCCGCCGCCAUCAGCACCAAGACCAGUCUGCUGUUCGGUCUCUGGGCUUCUGCUGGUGACGCCGCCUUCGCCAACGAGAUUGCUGCUCUGAAGAGCACCAUUAGCCAGUACUGUGGCCAGCUGGACGGCCUGGUUGCUGGUAUCUCCGUUGGCAGCGAGGAUCUGUACCGAAUCACUCCCACCGGUGUUGCUUCCGAUGCUGGCCCCGGAGCCCAGCCUGGAACUCUGGUCAACUACAUCAACGAGGUCCGUGAUACCAUCAAGGGCUCUUGCUUGGCCAAGGUGCCCGUUGGCCACGUCGACACCUGGAACGCCUGGGUGUUGGACUCCAACAAGCCCGUGAUUGACGCCUCCGACUGGCUCGGCAUGGACACCUACCCCUACUACGAGAACACAAACUCCAACGCCAUCGCCAACGCAAAGUCUCUGUACGAAUCUGCCCUCGAGAAGAUCCAAAACGCCGGCCCUGGCAAGGACGUCUGGGUCACCGAGACCGGUUGGCCCGUCAACGGUAAGAGCUCUGGCGACGCCGUGGCCUCCGUGAAUAACGCUCAGGAGUACUGGCAGCAGGUUGGCUGCCCCAACUUUGGCAAGACCAAUGUCUGGUGGUACACUCUUCAGGAUGCUGAGCCUAGCGCGCCCAACCCCAGCUUUGGUCUUAUUGGCAGCUCCUUGACCGAGAAGCCCCUGUUUGAUCUUUCUUGCGCCAAUGUCGACACCAACCCCACGAACCCGACCUCUUCUUCUGCUUCCAGCAAGCCUGCUAGUUCCUCUGCUGCUGCUGCUGCCUCUUCCUCUGCGGGCUCUUCCUCAUCUUCCUCGUCAUCUUCUUCUUCCGGCUCUGGUUCAAGCUCUGGCUCUAGCUCUAGCUCUGGCUCUGAUUCUACUAGUACCUCAGAGUCCCAGACUACUGGUUCUUCAGACUCUCAGACCACCGCCUCGGAGCCUCAGACUACUGGUUCCUCUGGCUCUUCUGGCUCUUCUGGCUCUUCUGGCUCUUCUGGCUCCUCCGGCUCUCAGACUACUGGUUCGGAGCCUCAAACUACCGGUUCUUCGGGCUCCUCAACUCCUGGCGGCGCUGGUGCCGGUGGUGCUCCUCCCGCCUCUUCUACCUUUGCCUCUGUGCCUUUCCCCACGGCUAACAGCACCGUCUCCUCUGGUGGCUCUCCUACCGGCUCUGGAUCCGGUAGCAGCCCCUCUGCUCCCUCGUCUACUGCCCCUGGAAGCAGUGGUAACAAGCUGGGCUCUUUCGGAGCUGCCGCUGCUGCUGUUGCCAUGGCUGCUAUUGCUCUGUAAAAACCCAACAAUGGUCUCCCUACAGACUCUCUUCAUGAAACAGAGAGCGAGAUUACCAGGAGAAUGGACACGGGGGGUACAUGUAUUGUGGUUGAAGAUGGCAUGUUAAUGAAUUGUAUGGCUUCUAUGCAUACCUACCAGAUGUAACAAGGUAAAAAUAGGUUGUUUGGUUCGUUUAUGCCCUGACGUCUGGCUUGUGAAUUAUUUAAUGAUUUCCUGCAGACUGAUUAAUGAAGGGUUAUGACAGGCUUUGGGUCAAGGGGUUUUUUAUGGAUUACAUGGAUGAAUGAACACGCUCCUUUAUAGAAUAUAUUAUCAAGAUUUAAAAAUAUAAAGCAGUUACAUUUAAA